AUGGUGCAGCAGCAAGAAGACCCCGACCAGCACCAGAAGCAGCAACAAGAGCAGCAGCAAGCGCAGCAGCUGCCGCUGCAGCAGCAGGAAGAGGGGAGUGGGCCUGGCAGCGGUGCGGGCAGCGAUAGCGAGAUCGGCUCAGCAGCAGCAGCAGCUGCUGCUGCAGAUGCAGAUGGUGCUGCAGAUGCUGCUGCAGAUGCUGCUGCAGAUGCUGCUGCAGUUGCUGCUGCAGCUGCUUCAGCAGAGCUAGGCCUUCUUCUGCCAGCAGACCAAGAUGGGAUAGAGACAGAAGCAAAACUGAAAGGCCCCGAUGUGGGCCCCUUGCCUCCCGCUGCUGCUGCUGCUGCUGAGCCAGCACUAGCCCCAGCAGCAGCAGGAGCAGAGGAAGCAGCAGCAGCAACAUGGGGAGCAGCAACAGCAGCAGCGCCUGCAGCAGAACGCCCUCCAGCAGCAGCAGCACCUGCAGCAGCAGUUGCUGCUGCACCAUACACCGGCAGCCGCAUCUACUCCCUCCCUACACUUUCUGCUGAUCCAUCAGCUCCUCGGCCAGCCCCCCCAAACAGCAGCAGCAGCAGCAGCAACAGCAGCAGCAGCAGCAGCAACUUGCUGUUCCUGCGUGCAGGCUGGCUGCAGCGGCAAACCAGACACACCAAAAGAUUUGCCCCGCGCUUCUUCGUGCUGCGGGGUUCAAUUUUAUAUUCUUUUAAGCGGCUGCCAUUUCUGCGCUGCUGCCCCCUUAGCAGCAGCAGCAGCAGCAGCAACGUAGUCACGGACGCGGCACUUGCUUCCUGGAUCGACUUUGCUGCUGCUACCUGCUGCUGGCAGCUGCGCGGCAGCCGCGUAGAGAAAUUUGUUUAUGACAAAGCAGCAGCAACUUUCAGGUGGUCGCUUGUGGCCCCCAAUUUGCUGCUGCUGCAGCGCAUGCAGCAGCAGCAGCAGCAGACAAGGGUGCAGCAGCAGCACAGCACCUUGAAAGGGCUCAAGGGGCAGCGCAGCCUCAAGCAGAAGUAUCAGCAGCAGCAGCAGCAGCAGCGACAGCAGCAGCAGCGCGUCAGCAGCGUGGCUGUCUCACCCUCCGUCUCGCUGUCUGAGGCAGCAGCAGCAACAGCAGCAGCAGGAGGCUCAGACACGAGCGAUGACCAGGACGGUUCUAUGGAGCCAGCUGCAGCAGCAGCAGACGCAGCAGCAGCAGCUGCUGCCGCUGCUGCAGCAGACGCAGCAGCUGAGACCGCCGCAGCAGCGGAGAGCGCCGCUGCGGCGGCGGCUGCGGCAGCAGCAGCAGCAGCAGCAGAGCAGGAGACCGCAGCAGCCUUGGCUGCAUGCACGGAAGAAGUGGUGUUUGCUGCAGCAGCAGCAGCAACAGCUUACGACUGGAUGCAGCUGAUGGACUGCUGCUGCUACCUGGGCAGCCCCGCUGAGGUGUACGUACACCGCAACUCCUACUUCGUCUUUCCCUCAAAUCUUCUUGAGGGUCUUCCCGCUUGGCUGUUUGCUGCAGGCUGGCUCUCUCUUGCUGCUGCCCGUCGGCAGCGCGAGCAGCAAGAAGCAGCAGCAGCAGCAGCAGCAGCGGCGGGAGCAGCGCUUCCGGCUGCGGCGGCGGAGAACCAGCAGCAGCAGCAGCAGCUGGCGCUAGGGGACCCGCAAGCGUUGCUGCCUGCUGCUGCGUGGCGUACUUCUGCACCUGUAGCAGCAGCAGCAGCAGCAGCAGCAACAGCAGCAGCAGCAACGGGCGAGAGAACUUUUGUGUCGCUGCGCCUUCUCGCGCUGCAUGAUUUGCUGCUGCCUGAAGGCUACGGGCUUUACUGCUUCCUAGAGUUUCAGUCUUCUGUGUCUUUCUUUGGGGUAUACGGGGCCCCGCCUGCAGCAGCAGCAGCAGCAGCAGCAGCGUGCUGCCGCCAGCAGCGGCCGCAGCAGCAGCAGCAGCAGCAGCAGGCCGGGCUCGUCUCCUCUCCUUCUCUCUUCUAUAAGUGGUUUGGAAGGGCCUCGGGAGCCCCAGCUGUUUCCUUCCGCCGCAGUUUGCUGCUGCUGCUGCCGAGCUGCUGCAUCAACCUUCCUGUGUUGCACCCGAGGCCGCAGGAAGAUUUGCUGCUGCACUUCGUUGCUGCCCCGCUGGAGCAGCAGCAGCAGCAGCAGGUGAAGAGCUCUAGAGUACACGAACCCAGCGGCAGCAGCAGCAGCAGCGGCAGCCCCGCGAUGGCUACAGUAAAUGCGCCGGCUCUUUCUGCUGCGGCUGCUGCUGCUGCUGCUGCUGCACCAGGAGACCUACUCGCCGCAAGCGAAACUUGUGCAACAGCAGCAACGCAGACGACGCUGGACGCGGCCGCGACAGCAGCAGCAGCAGCGGCGGCAGCAGCAGCAGCAACAAGUGGGGUAAGCAGGGGCCAAACCUGCCUGCGGAUUGGAGCUGGACAGGACUAUUAUAUUUGCAGUUUCCGGCUGCAGCAGCAGCAGCUCGGCUGCGGCUCUCCGCGGCUGCUGCAGCUGAGGGGCUUUUCGCUUUCUACAGCGAAGCAUCCGCUGCUAGAGAAGUGCAAGAACAUUCCCUCUGCUGCUGCUGCUGCGGCUGCUGCUGCUGCGGCUGCUGCUGCGAGUGCCGCAGCGCCGGCAGCGAAGAGGAACGGUGCCGUUUCUCCGGGUGCAGCAGCGGCGGCAGCAAAACAGCUAGCGGUGGAGCAGCAGCAGCAGCAGCAGCAGCAGCAGAGCGAGCUGCAGCAGCAGCAGCAGCGGGACGACCUGGCGUGCGCUGAGGAGGCGGUAUGCGUGCACGAAGAGACGGCGGCAGCAACAGCAGCGGCGGCGGCAGCAGCAGCAGCAACCCCCGCAGCACCAGCAGCAGCAGCGAGCUGCAGCAGCACGCUGCUGCUGGAAGCAGCAGUCGAAGGCGCUAGCUGGCUGCAGCUGCUGCAGCACAAACCUGAUGCUUUCGACACCCCACAACCUUUUAACGAAUUAUCUCUUAGCCCUGGAGAGGGAGCAGCAGCAGCUGCUGGGGCUUUGACUCCAGUGCAUUUGCUGGGGCAGCAGCUGAAGCGCAUGCAGCGGCUGCAGCGGCGGUUUGCUGCAGCAGCAAGGCAGCUGGGCUGUGUCUUUGACUUCAGCAGCCCGGGGCUUUCUCUUGCUGCCUUUUGUUACCUCAUGGCUGUCGUCAGCAGCAGCGCGGCUGUUGCGCUGCUGCUGCUGCUGCUGCUGCUGCUCGGCCUCCUGCUGCUGCUGCACCCGAGAGCCGCGCAGAGGGCUCUCGCUGCAGCAGCAAGGCUGCCGCUCCUCCUGCUGCUGCUGCCUCGGGAAGGGCUCACGCUGCUGCUCUUCAAAUGCCCCGCAGAGAAAGCUGCUGCUGCUGAUGUUGCCAGACAGACGGCUUUGGCCGCUGCUGCUGCUGCUGGCGGGCAGGCAGCAGCAGUAGCAGAGGCAGCAAAACAAACUGCAGAGACAAUCGCCUCAAAGGAUCCUUGUCCUUCUGCUGCUGCAAGUGCUGCUGCUGUUGCUGCAGUCUUGCUCAUGCUGCACCGGCACCAGCACUUGUUGCUGCUGCAACGCCCCGCAGCAGCAGCAGCAGCAAAUGCGAAGGUGAAUGCAAGCAGCAGCAACGAAGCGGCGCUGCCUCUUGAAAAAGCUGGAGGAAACCCGCAGCUGCGACAGCAGCAGCAGCAGCAGCAGCAAGAGGACCAGGAUGUGCAGCAGCAGCACGAAAAUGAGGUGGAGCAGCAGAAGCUGCUGCAGCCUAUUUGGUGCUGCUGCUGCGGAAUUAACUGCCUUGCUGGGGGGCCGAUGAGAAUACUGUCGCCUUUGCUACGGUCGCUGCAGCAGCGGAAGCAGCAGCAACAGCAGCAACGCUGCAGCAGCAGCAGCCCCUUGAGCCGCUUCUUCUGGGGCUUUAUCUUGCAGUCUGCGUUGCUGCUGCACCGCGUGCAGCUGCUGCUGCUGCUGUCAGCAGCAGGAGGCAGCCCUGGACCUCUAACUGUUCAGCUGCUGUCGGCCGCAGCCAAGCGCUGCAGCUGCCACGGCGUCUUGCUGCAGCAACAGCAGCAGCGGCGGCAGCAGAGCCAGCAGCUGCUGCUGCAGCAAAAGGGGCAGCGAGUGACACAAGGGCAGCAAACGCAGCGGCAGCAGCAGCAACAGCUGCCGCGGCAGCUUUGCUUGCCACUACUGCCCACUGUCCGAAUGGAGCAGCAGCAGUUCAUCUCAGAAGGAGCAGCAGGUGAUGCAGCAGCAGCAGCAGCAGCAGACAGUGACGAAAACAGCAGCGCCUUCCCCGUGUCUCUUAUAGAGGCCCAGUGCCGCGGGCCCAAAGGAGAGUUUAAGGGCAGCUGCUUCUUCCAGGUAGCUGCAGACACCCCGCGAGUGGGACAGCAGCAGCAGCAGCAGCAGCAGCAGCAGCAGCCGCAGACCGAAGCAGCAGCAGCUGCUGCUGGAUUUGCUGUUGUUGUCUCAAAAGAGACAGACGAAUGCGGAUGGGCUUAUGGCGAAAGUCUCACAGGCCCAUGGGUAGCAAAAGAGACCCCAAGGACAGAUGUUCGCAGGCGCACAUGGAUGCCCCCACGAAGAGUUGCACGUGGCCUUACCUUUAACGGCAGAAUGCAGCAGCAGCAGCAGCAGCAGAAACAGCAGCAGCAGCAGCAGGAGCGUGUCCCACAGCAGCUGCAGCAAGAUUUCCCACAAGGAGUCCCUGCACGCCUCGGAGGCUUGCCGCUUUCCUCGAGUGAAGGUCCGAAGCAGCAGCAGCAACAACAACAACAACAGCAGCAGCAGCAGCAGCAGCAGGUCAGACGCAAGAGCUUUUCAGGUGCCUCCUCAGAUGGAGAAACUCCCCGCAGCAGCGGCGGCAGCAGCAGCAGCCGCAGCAGCAGCAACAGCAGGUCUAAAAAAACGGUUUUUGCUGAGGCAGCAAAAGUCGCUUCUUCCUGGCUAGAAAAGAAAUUGCGCUCACGCGCUCGCGGGCCUAGCGGGUGGACUAAUGCAAAACAGCAGCAGCAGCAGCAGCAGCAGCGAGGGGGGCAGCUGCUGCCGCCGCAACAGCAAGGAGAGCAGCUGCCUCAGCAGCAGCAGCAGGUACCAGGCGUGUGGGGCCUUCCUGCUUGCGUUGAAGACAAUUAUUUCUCGGCAGAGAGCACAGAGGCGCAGGGAGCUGCUGCUGCUGCUGCUGCAGCUGCUGCUGCAGACGAUGCAGCCGCAACACCCCGGUUGAUGGAGGCAGCAAACGAGGGCAGCAGCUGCAAACUGAACCAGCAGCAGCCUGCUGCUGCAGCAGUUGAUCCUUCUGCUGCUGAAUCUGCGGAAUCUAGUGAAAGAUAUCGCGACGCAGCAGCACCCGAAGCAGCAGCACCGACUGCUGCUGCUGCAGCGUUGGACGCUGCAGCUGCAACAGCAAAGCCCAGCGUAGCAGCAACGGAUGUAACAGAAAAUGAGGCAUCCUCUCUCGCAACCGACAGGGAAAGAGCAGCAGCAGCAGCAGAACAAGAAGCAACAGCAGCAGGAGCACCAGCAGCACCGGCAGCUGCAGCUGAUACACUCAGCAGCAGCCAAAGCGAGUUUGCUUCAACACAACUUCCUGCAGCAGCAGCAGAAGGCCUCUCACCCGCAUCCGCAGAGGAUGGGCUGUUGGCCUCUCGUGCUGCUACUGCACCCGCAGGAGCAGCAGCAGCAGCAACAGCAGCAGCAGCUGCUGCUGCUGCUGCUACUUCAGACGGCGCCAGCGGCGGUGGGCUGCGAGGGUUUUGGUUCGAGCUGCUGGGGGUCCCCGAAGUGAAGCAAUCUUUCUCAGUGGACUCAUUCUCAGAGCAGCAGCAGCAGCAGCAGCAGCAACAAACCCAAAAGCAGGAGAAGCUGCAACAGGGACACCAGCAGCAGCAGCAGCAACAGCAGCAGCAGCUGCUGCAGCAGGAGCCGCAACAAGAGCCGCCAUCGCGGCGGCGGCCCUCUCUGGCAGCUCCCCGAUGUGAGAGGCUCAAGCUGCAGCAGCAGCGACGUCGGCAGCAGCAGCAGCAGCAACAGCAGCAACAAGUGCAUCCUCUGAUGGAGGUUGGGCCAGCUGCUGCUGCGUUGCUGGUCCUGCAGCAGGAGCAGCAGCAACUGAGUCUGCAGCAGCAGCAGCAGCAAGAAACUGAGCGGGAAAUAUGCCGCCUGCACCGCGCGGAAGAGGCUCUGUGGCAGCAGCAGCAGCAGCAGCAGCAGCAGCGGUGGCCGUGGCGGCGCUUGCUGCACCUGCGCAUGCAGCCGCUGCUGCCUGUGGGGGCCCUUCCUCCUCCUGUUCCUUUUUGCGCUACUUGUGGGGCCCCCAUGUGCCAAAGCGUUAUUCGCGAGGCAGCAGCAGCAGCAGCAAUGGCAGCAGCAGCAGCAGCAGCAAAAGGCCCCUCAGUGGGCGCGGCGCUUCUGCACGAGUCUCCCUGCAGCAGUCUAGACGCUGCUGCUGAAGCGACAGCAGCAGCAGCAGCAGCAGCAAGGGCCCCCACCAGCUCCCUGCUGGGGGGCCUCUUUGUCUUCGACGCCUUCUACACUGGCCUCAAAAGGGGCAUUUGGAAGAGACACGCAGCUGCUGCGCUGCGGCGCCACUUGGCAGCAGCUCUUGCUGCAGUGGCUGGGGGCCCCACGACCUUUUGGUGUUUCAAGCAGCAGCAGCAGCAGCAGCUGCUGCUGCUGCAGCAGCAGCUGCCGGCGGCUUCCCCGCAGGCCGCCGCAGCGGCUGCUGCCGCCGCUGCGGCUGCUGCGCAGCCGCAGCGGCUGUGGAAGCUGCUGCAGCAGGAGCUGCAGCAGCGCACGGGGGUCUUCGUGCCGCUGGCUCUUUUCGAAGCAAAUUGCUGCGAAGAAACUCUUGUGGAAAACAUCAGACGCAUAAGUCCUUUUGCGCUGCCGCUUGCUGAGCCCCACCCCUGGUGGCUGCUGGGGCUGCUGCAGCACUCCCCCACAGACGUCACCCACGACGCAGCAGAGCAGGCGCUGCUGUGA